CUGGGAUUUAGCUACUGUAGGCAAAUACAGCAGAGGGAGAACAGAGAGGCCUCUGUGUGUGUGUGUGUGUGUGUGUGUGCACGCAUGUGUGUGUGGGCGCGUGUGUCAGACAGCUCUACAGCAUCAUGGACACAGAAUAUUCCAAAAGAGUGUACCAAGGCGUUCGAGUCAAGCACACAGUCAAAGACCUGCUGGCAGAGAGGCGAUCCCGGCAGACAAAUGGGCCCAGAUACAGUGGAGGAUCAACCACUCCGCCUUCGUUUGUGCAGAUGCCAGGGUCUCACAUGCUGCCUAGCUACUACGGCAUGAGACGUCCCUUCAUCUCAGACUCAGACUUCUGUCCGUCCACCAAGCAGUUCUCCCCUGAUGUCUAUUCGUCCACACUGGGUGGUAAGCCUCUGGGCUGCGAGCCCUCCACCAUGGCCAGCUAUUCCUCCCUCAUCGACAGCUACUACCCAGAGACCUUCGGCGAUUACCGCAGCGCCGCCGCCUUCUCCAGCUCUGGAGGAUCCUUCCUGCCGUCGUCGGCCCUCUCUUCCCUGCUGCCUCCCUUUGGUGGAGAGUCCUCUCAUUUAUUUCUGAGAGACUCGUGGGAGCAGUCAGUUCCAGAGUCAGUGUCCCAGGUGGAGGCUCUCUGUCCGGACAGCCUGGCCCCCGUCAGCGUCCCGCCCUCCAUGCCCAGCCCAGAGCCCCCGGGGAGCCCCUCUCAGUACCGCUCACCCAGCCGCGGCUCCUCCAUGGGCCCCAUCCCCAGCAGCCAGCCCUACACCCUCCACUCCCUGGAAGACGCUCACUACCACCCCCUGACCAGCAGCUCUUACCCUGUCCCCUCCGCCUCCUUCCCCGGGCCUCCCUACAUGAGCAGCCCCGUCAGCGACCUGGUGUCCAAGAUGGUGUCAGAGGAGGCGGCCGACAGCCAUGCCGGCCUCCACCCAAACAGCGAGGCUCACUCCUGCUGGCCCAAAGAGGACGGAGUGAGCUCCUGGUCAGCCUACGAGAUCAGGAGGGCCUACUGACUGGAGGACAGACAUGAGGUUCAGAAUUUAUAAGAAGGUGGAGGUUUCACAGACAAUUAAACAGUGAUCUCAACAAGCACUUGACAGCACAGAGAAAACUCACCCAGACAGACAGCUGUGACGUGUUCUGUUGAUAAGACAAUUCAAUGCAUUUACAAAGAGAUGAGUCAAGUUCGAAGAUGUUGGUAGGAGUGUGGUAUGUUAACCAAGGUGCCCAUAUUACACACACACACGCACAUAUAUGUGCGUGUGUGUGUAUAUAUAUAUAUAAAGUGUGCCUUUUUUGUUUGAUUUGUAUAAAAAAGUGAUGAGUGCACUAGUGUUCUAGUGUGCAGAGGCUGAGACUGUGGACUAGCAUGGUACAUAUGGCCACAUGUUCAUGUUUAGGUGAAAAUAAACAUACAAGUAGCAUUUUUAAGAUGAUUUGAGGCCGAUCAUUAGUAUAUUUAUUUCCACAAUAACCAAUAAACAAUAAGUCAGCUGCACGGGACAAGCCUCCCCCCAACCUGAGUCAGCUGUAACACUAUAAUGCCAAGUGCUGCGCUUUAGAAUUUCUGAAAACUAGUUAGCGUACGAGCAGAGAGGAUUGACAUGCGCAGUGGACAGCAGUGGAGUGGAUUCAUGGUUGACAGGUCCAGCUCCUCAUUGAAGGUCUACAAGUAUGAUGGAAAACUUGACCAAACCUGUUGAUAAAGCCUAAACAUGAUCAUGAUGUCCUGUAUGAAAAACAGCAUCCACUUUACUAGAAUACAUAGUUUUGAUUAACAUGCUCAAUAUCAGUUCAACUGACCACAUUUGGAACAUGACUGGUGGUGUAAAUGAAGGAGGUACAGCAGACAAAAAAGGUGGCGAACCGCUGCUCUACGACAUCCCUUUCAUGGAGAUUUCUCUCCAGUGGCCCAGUUUAGGGAGAUCGUUACAUAUGACUUGGUACAAACUUACAGUGUAUAUAAUUUAGAUUAAGACAAUCCAACAAUUAAACGAUUUAGAGGCUGGAAAGUCUGAUGAGGAUAUUUCUUCAGCUGUCUCAUAUCAUACCUCGCUGUGGUGGAAUGAAAUUAAACAGUUCUGCUCUCUGCUGAUUCUCCACGGGAAUCCAAAGAUGGCAGUUAAUAAACGGGUUAUAACACACCAUUUCUUACUAUAUUGGAGUUGUGAACAGAUUUAAUGAGAAUUUUUAGUGUUUGUCUUUGUUAACAUCUGACUCACUGAUUCAUCAGCUGCCAAAACUGAUGACAGAAGACAUAGAAGGAACAGUGUCCAUAGAUAUAUCUAUAACUUAAAAUAGGUCUGUGUUUGUGUUCACAAUGUGUUGGAAAUCAUUCAAGAUGUCAAUGUUUUACUUACAUGUGUUAUUAGCAUUUAAUGUGGAUCAAUAUCAAAAUAAAUCUGCGUUAAGCAUCAAGUGAAAUGAAAAAUGCGUUAUAAUGACGUGAUAUAAGUUUCUGUGAAGUACAAAUUCAGCUUUUACGCACUGGCUGAUUACAACUAUAUAAUAUGACAUGUGUUAUAGAUCGUACCUGUCAUAUCAGAUUCUCAUGUUGUCAAACAUCUGGUUAUGAAUGCUUCAUGGGAGGAGUUGUUGUUAACAAAGACAUUAAGAGACACAAAUAGCCUUAUAUCUGCCUAAAGCUACACUGGUUUUAGAGCAUUUAAUAGUUGUUUCUCUAAAUAUGGAGGUUAAAAUAAAUAUGGAGGUUAAAAUAAAGUGUUACACAAAAGGCUUUUUUAUUAAGCAUUCAUUUUUAAAUCAAGCCACUGCAAAGAAAGUCGAAUUGAUUCUGAUUUAUUGUCUAAACACUCAACAUAUGUGGAGCUGUGAUGGUCCAUGAGCUCCAUAUGUUGUAAAAUAAUUCUAUCAGUAGAUCUUUCUUUAUGUGUGUGUACAU